GGCUGCUACAACGAGACAACCGACCUGCCCAACACGACGGGCGCCCGCGCCCUCAGCGGUGGGACCAACCUGGUCGCGGCCGGCAACAUGACGGUCGAGACGUGCUGGGCGUUUUGCCGGACGGGCGCGGGGGACGCGAGCGGCGGCAAGACGGCGAGCUUCAAGUUUGCUGGGCUGGAGUAUGCGCGAGAAUGCUGGUGCGCCCAGACUCUCUCCAGCCUGUCGGAAAAGUUACCCGACGGCGCGUGCGACCUCCCGUGCGAGGGUAACACGACGCAGGCCUGCGGUGGAAACCUGAAGCUGACGGUCUACAUGGCCAGUGCUGCUAGUACCCGCGUCGCGUGGGCUGCUGCGCUGGUCACCGUCGGCGCGAUAUCUCUCGUGGUGAUAUAA